CCCCAACUCAACCCCCAUAACUCCUCUUCUCCACCACCUCAAGCAAGCUUCUAGCUCCUUUCCAUUUCUUUUUCUCCAACAGGAAGAGCAGCAGAAACUGCCAGAAAGGAGGCAGUCUCUGUAGAAAGGGAAACCAAAUCCAAGAAGAAAGAAGAAAAAAAGGAGCAACUUCGCAAGAUGCCGGCGGCGCCGCUGCCUGAGUUCUCUAGCUCGGUCAAGCUCAAGUAUGUCAAGCUGGGAUACCAGUAUCUUGUGAAUAACUUCUUGACUUUCCUCCUGGUGCCGGUCAUGGCCACGGUGGCGCUCGAGUUAGUCCGUCUCGGCCCCGACGAAAUCCUCGCGCUGUGGCGAUCCCUCCAGCUCGACCUCGUCGCGAUACUCUCCUGGUUCUUGAUAGUGUUCGCCGCCAAGGUCUACUUGAUGUCGCGGCCCCGGCCGGUGUUCCUGGUGGACUACGCCUGCUUCAAGCCCCCCAGUUCCUGCCGCGUUCCCUUCGCCACCUUCAUGGAGCACACCCGGCUCCUCAACUUAGACGACCCCAAGAGCGUCCAGUUCCAGAUCCGGAUCCUCGAGCGCUCCGGCCUCGGCGAGGAGACCUGCCUUCCCCCGGCCAACCACUUCAUCCCCCCCAACCCCACCAUGGAGGCCUCCCGCGCCGAGGCCCAGCUGGUCAUCUUCUCCGCCAUCGACGACCUCAUCACGAAAACCGGCCUCAAGCCCAAAGACAUCGACAUCCUCAUCGUCAACUGCAGCCUCUUCUCGCCGACGCCGUCGCUCUCUGCUAUGAUCAUCAACAAGUACAAGCUCCGCAGCAACAUCCGCAGCUUCAACCUCUCCGGCAUGGGGUGCAGCGCGGGACUGAUCUCCAUCGACCUCGCCCGCGAUCUUCUUCAGGUGCACCCGAACUCCAACGCCCUCGUCAUCUCGACGGAGAUCAUCACGCCCAACUUCUACUCCGGCAACCAGCGGUCGAUGCUCCUGCCCAACUGCCUCUUCCGCAUGGGAGCCGCGGCGAUCCUGCUCUCGAACCGCCGCCGCGAGGCACGGCGCGCCAAGUACCGGCUGGUCCACGUGGUGCGCACCCACAAGGGCGCCGACGACCGGGCCUACCAGUGCGUCUACGAGGAGGAGGACGCCCAGGGCCACUCGGGGAUCUCGCUGUCCAAGGACCUCAUGGCGAUCGCCGGCGAGGCGCUCAAGUCCAACAUCACCACCAUCGGCCCGCUGGUGCUGCCGGUGUCCGAGCAGCUGCUCUUCUUCUUCACCCUCGUCGGCCGGAAGCUCAUCAACCCGAAAUGGAAGCCCUACAUCCCCGACUUCAAGCUGGCCUUCGAGCACUUCUGCAUCCACGCCGGCGGCCGGGCGGUGAUCGACGAGCUGCAGAAGAACCUCCAUCUGUCUCCGGAGCACGUCGAGGCGUCGCGCAUGACGCUGCACCGCUUCGGCAACACCUCCAGCAGCUCCCUCUGGUACGAGCUUAACUACAUCGAGUCCAAAGGCCGGAUGCGGCGCGGCAACCGGGUGUGGCAGAUCGGCUUCGGCAGCGGCUUCAAGUGCAACAGCGCCGUCUGGAAGUGCAUCCGCACCAUCAAGACCCCCGUCGAUGGCCCCUGGGCCGACUGCAUCCACCGCUACCCGGUCGACAUCCCGGAGGUCGUCAAGUUCUAAUGAAGCAACUCCAUUGCCACAUACCAGUAGAAGCAACUUAAUCAGCAAACACGGAUCCAUCACGGAUUACAAACCAUCAGCAAAUGCUUGGAUUUCAUCGUUCUUCUCCCCCCCUCCCCUUUUUCCUCUUCGGUAUCUGCUCUGUGCUUGGAUUUGGUUUAGCGGUAUACUUGGUAUUUAAUUGUAGCAUCGAUUGGGGUUUAAGUUUUAAGCAUCAUAAAUUUGGAGAUGGGGUGUUGAGAAGAGGACCUGUGGCGUCCGACUGUAAUGUAAUUAGAUGCACUUGAUCCGUGCCUGGUCGGUUCUGCAUGUCAUUGGCUUUCAAUGCGGGCUUGCUUUGAGCUGGAAGUGAGUACGGUCAACUAGGAUCAAUAAUUACGCCGUGCGGGUUUACAGAUGAGCGGCUUAAAUGCGCCGGCUUGACGAGGUUGGUUGUCGGUUGAGCGGUGCCAUAAACGCCGUGACAGCGAAGAAGGUCCGCGCGUGAACGCCUUUUCUUUUUUCUUUUUUUUAAGGUCUAAUUAUUAGAUGAUCAGGUCCAAUAGUCACUCGCCACAUUUUUUUUUAUUUUUUUGUUGUUGUAUUUAGAUAAUUCAAAAUCAAUAAGAGGUGCUUAUUAUUCA